AUGGAGAUGGACUAUGAGUUUGGAGAAUUCGAUGAGGUCGCGGGGGAGGGCAGAGAUACUAAUGAAGUCCCUAGUGAACCUCCCACUUCCGAGACAGUACAAUAUCACUCCACAGUGCCACGAGAUCUCGUGGAUAGGACUCACUCCUUAGAGGAGGAGGUUGCCACUCUUCGGCAACAACUAUUAGCGACAGAGGCCCGAGCUGUUCAGGCCGAGCACGAGAGAGACGAGAAAGAUGCCUCAAAGACCAAACCGUGGAAACAACACAACACCGACUCCACCAGAAAUAAACUCAGUUGCAUUCCAAGCAGCAGUGUCCGCUGCGGUCACUGCAGCACUUGCAUAGAUUCACAGCGGAAACCACGGAUAAGACAACGGGCAGGGAACCGGAAGCACAAAUCAGGGAACAAACCACGAAAACCACAAGAACCUGCACCUACAAAGACUUCACCAACGCCAAGCCUCGAACCUUCAAUGGAACGGGAGGCGUAA